GGAACAGUUGAAUGUAUAAGGGUUCCCCCAUCAUCGUCCACACUUGUAUUCAUCUCUCUUCUUACUCUCCACUCUCAACAUCGCGCCAUGUCCUCAGCAGCCGGAGCCGUCUCUCAGUCUGCGUUCCAAAAGUUCUUGAACCACCCUGCUGGUCCUAAGACUAUCCACUUCUGGGCCCCAGCUGCCAAAUGGGCUUUGGUUAUUGCUGGUGUCGGUGAUUUGAGCCGACCUGCCGAAAACCUGUCCCUUUCUCAGAAUGUUGCUUUGGCUGCCACUGGAGUGAUCUGGUCCAGAUACUCGUUGGUUAUCAUUCCCAAGAACUACAGCUUGUUCACCGUCAAUCUGUUUGUUGCUGCAACUGGAUUGACUCAGCUCUAUCGCAUCUUUGACUAUCGCCGUGGAUUGAAGGCUGAAGAAAAGUCUGUUCCUAAGCAAUAAAGAGACAAUAGGUCGCUUAUUUCAUCUCUUUCGCUUCAUAGGAUCAAUAAAGCAAUUAUUUAGAAGU